AAUAAAGCAAUGGAUAAUGAAGAUCAUCGGCCUGCAAAAAGCCCAAAAAAAUUGGUGGGAAAUUUGAGAAAAAGCGCUUCUCAGUUUCAGAGGGAGCAAAAUGGGAGAUGGAAAAUAACUGGGAAUUUUGUUUUUGAUUAUUUUAUAGUCUGCAUUAUAAACGGUCCGUGUUUUUUGUGGGAAGAUUGUGUGUGCUUUUUUUCUUUCUUUAGUGAAAAAAUACAGAUAUUUUGUGAGGUGGUGGUGAUUUUGAGUGUGGGGUGCAAACUAAAGCAUCGGGUUUCUUUGGUGGAAUGAAUGAGUGCUCUUGCGGCUCGGGAAUUGCCUCGCAGGAACUGAAUUCUACUCUUUCAUGGUGAUUUUUGUGGCCAUCAUGUUGUUUUUAGAUUCUUUCUCAAGGUGGGUUUGAUUCCUUUUCCUUUUAUUUCCCCUCUUUUGUUGGGAAUUUUCUAUUCUUUCAAAAGGGUUGCUUGUUUUUGGGUUGAGUUUGCUGGUUACCAUUGUUUGUGACAUGUUUGCUUAGGUGAACGAGGGGUUCUACAGCGUUUCUUCUUGUUUUGACUCGUUUUGCCUUUUGUGGGUUGUUGUAUGUGUACAAGGUUUUGAACUCUGAGCUCGUUCGUGUGUGAGGGGUAGAUAUAAAGAGUGAUGAUGGUAGAUGACAGGGUCUGUGAUAGUAGUGGAGGAAUGUUUCAAGCGCUUGGAUGUGUGUGUAUUUGUUUAUAUGGAGCUUUAAGUGGAUAACAAUGGAGGCAUCAUUUGAUCACCUUAGGAACCAGGAUGAUUUAUCUGGGGUUUGUGAGGAAGAUAUACUAGCUGACCCUUAUGUGCCUUCUCUUAAAUGGAGUGAUAUUAGCUUGAGGCAAUGGUUGGAUAAGCCAGAAAGAUCUGUGGAUGCUUUAGAGUGCCUUCAUAUAUUUAGCCAAAUAGUGGAGAUUGUUAACAUUGCUCAUGCUCAAGGCAUUGUUGUUCACAAUGUGCGUCCUUCAUGCUUUGUUAUGUCCUCUUUCAACCAUGUAACCUUUAUUGAGUCGGCAUCGUGUUCAGAUUCUGGCUCUGAUUCUCUUGAGGAUGGCCUCAAUAGUCAAACUGUAGAGGUUAUAAAAGCAUCUUCUCCCUUUCCAAGCAGUCUUGGAAGUGAGGGUUUUCGAUCUAUUAUGACCCCGAUAAAUGCUUUGUCAGAAACUAGUUGUAUGCAGUCGAGUUCAGUGUAUGCAGCUCUAAUAUCAUUGAAUGAAGGGUCUGGAGAAUGUAGAAAAAAGGAUGGACGACAUGUGGAAGAAGCUGAAGAUAAGAUGCAAUCGUUUCCAAUGAAACAGAUAUUAGCCAUGGAAACUACUUGGUACUCUAGCCCGGAAGAGGCGUCUGGUGGUCCAAGUUCCAGUGCUUCAGAUAUCUACCGGUUAGGCGUUCUUCUUUUUGAGUUAUUCUGCUCCUUCAGCUCGAGAGAAGAAAAGAGUAGAACUAUGUCGAGCUUGAGGCAUAGAGUGCUUCCUCCUCAAUUGCUGUUGAAGUGGCCAAAAGAAGCUUCAUUUUGCUUAUGGUUACUGCAUCCCGAGCCAAGUAAUCGACCUAAGCUAAGUGAUAUAUUGCAGAGUGAAUUUCUCAAUGAGCCAAGAGAUGACCUUGAAGAACGUGAAGCAGCAAUCGAGCUUAGGAAAAGAAUUGAAGAGCAGGAGUUACUGCUAGAAUUCCUUUUGCUUAUGCAACAAAGAAAGCAGGAAGCUUCUCAUAAGUUGCAAGAUACUAUUUCUUUUCUUCGCAGUGAUAUCGAACAAGUUAUGAUGCACCAAACUAAUUUUAAAAGAAAAAGUAGGUCAUGUCCAGAUCUAGAAAAGGACAAUCAUUUGCCUUUAAAUCUCUCUUCAACGACUCGCGUUGAAAAUACUGAUUCUGCUGGCUUGGGAUCAAGGAAACGAUGUAGGCCAGGAAUUUUGAUACCCGAUUUAGAAGUAUGUGGUGAUAAUCUUGAUGACAAUCAAAACGAACAAGGUGUACUUUUUAAGUAUUCUCGAUUAAUGAAGAACUUCAAGAAAUUGGAGUUAGCUUAUUUUUUGAUGAGAGGUAGAGUAAACAAGCCAUCAAGGAGGCAGUUUAUUAAACACUCAUCAAUAAGUAGCGAAGGUAGAGGGUCCACUGUUGUGAAUGAAAGAAGUUCAGUUAAUAAUUUGGCUUCAAAAAAGAGUUGCAAUGAUAAUAGACAAGGUGGGUGGAUAAGUCCGUUCCUGGAGGGUUUGUGCAAGUAUCUAUCCUUUAGCAAGUUAAAGGUCAAGGCAGACUUGAAACAAGGAGAUCUAUUGAAUUCCUCCAAUCUAGUAUGUUCUCUCAGUUUUGACCGCGAUGGAGAAUUCUUUGCCACGGCUGGUGUUAAUAGGAAAAUUAAAGUGUUUGGAUAUGAAUCAAUCGUGAACGAAGACCGUGAUAUUCAUUACCCUGUUGUUGAAAUGGCUAGCAGGUCGAAACUAAGCAGUGUUUGUUGGAAUCGUUACAUCAAAAGUCAAAUUGCUUCUAGUAAUUUCGAGGGUGUAGUGCAGGUAUGGGAUGUCACAAGAAGUCAAGUAGUCACUGAAAUGGAAGAACAUGAGAGGCGCGUAUGGUCCAUUGACUUCUCAUCGGAGGAUCCAACAAUAUUGGCUAGCGGGAGUGAUGAUGGUUCAGUUAAGCUCUGGAGUAUCAAUCAGGCAAUUCUACUUUUGCACUUGGGUAUGAGUAUCGGCACGAUCAGAACAAAAGCCAAUGUCUGCUGUGUACAAUUCCCUGUGGAUUCUGGUCGGUCCCUUGCGUUCGGUUCAGCUGAUCACAAAAUUUAUUACUACGACAUGCGGAAUAUUAGAGUUCCUUUGUGCACCUUCACUGGACACAGCAAAACUGUGAGUUACGUCAAGUAUAUAGAUUCGAGCACUCUCGUUUCUGCAUCAACUGAUAACACCUUGAAGCUCUGGGAUUUGUCCAUGUGCUCGUCCCGGGUUAUUGAUUCUCCAGUUCAUUCCUUCACGGGCCACAUGAAUGUAAAGAACUUUGUGGGACUAUCAGUGUCUGAUGGUUACAUUGCUACAGGUUCAGAGACAAAUGAGGUCUUCAUCUACCACAAAGCCUUUCCAAUGCCAGCAUUAUCAUACAAGUUUGAAAUCGAUCCUCUUUCUGGUCAUGAAAUGGACGCCGCUGCACAAUUCAUCUCGUCGGUUUGUUGGCGAGGCCAGUCAUCUUCAUUAGUUGCUGCAAACUCAACUGGGCAUAUCAAAAUUCUGGAAAUGGUUUAGAGAGGAGGGGCCAUGUCUUAAAUGCAGAAAGGUUGAGGCAGACCAGUAUGUUGUAUACCCAAGAAGUACACAGGUUAGAUCUAAAUAAUUUGGCAUUACAAUAUCAUAAUGGCUGUGGGCUUUUGUUUUGGAAGAGAUUGGUAUUGUUCAUGUUUGUAGAUAGAAAUUCAAGAGAGUAAGAGAGAUAGGGGGAUUUGUGUAUAAAUUGAAUACAAAAUCGCACAAACGAGCGGAGUUUUCAUAUUUACUGCUUAGGAAAUAGAUGCCCUAUCCAUUGAGCUA